CACUCGCCCCUGGACCAGCUGGGGGAGGUGUGGGUGUGGUGCUGACGCUGCGUUCUCGGCUCCGCGGGAGACAAACAGACAUGAGGGGGCAGACGGGCGCACUGUGGUCGGGGGCCUCAGAGUCUGGUUAAUCAUUGAGGGGCGGCCGGCACUUAUUGACUGAAGGAGCUUUUAAACUGUGGUGUCACAGACAGAAUGAGAACAGCGGGACUCCACUGUCUUUCUAUUGGCUUCGAUUCGCAGACGCUUGGAGCGAGGAAGAUGAAGGGGACGCUCUUCCACCCUUUAAUGACAUUACUCUGAUUCUGUUCUGUACUAUAAACGAACUCCACCGUCUUUUUUUUUCCUCUUCACUUUUCCCUCAAAUUUUUCCUCAUCUUUUUUUGUCUUCCCAUUCUUGCUACUCAGCUUCAUCUGGUCGAUCACCUCCCCUCAUUGGAGGAGGGCUGAGUGUACCUGGAUACCUGAUCACCUGCAGAGAGGCAGCUUGAAGUCCAGUAUAAGCUUUAAGGGGCAAAAAAAAAUUGUUUUUUGAACUCUCUUCUGACAGGCUUCAAGUUUCACUGCAGCAGCAGGCUGAACAAGUUUAUUUUCUGAGACCGGAUCUCCUCAGGACCAGAACUAGGACCAGGUGAAGCUGCAGCUAUGGUUGCUGGGAAGCACCGGGGCAGCAGAGUGUCUCCUCCAGAUGGCGGGUGGGGCUGGGUGAUCGUCGGCUGCUGCUUCAUUGUGACGGUCUGCACGCGUGCAGUGACCAGAUGCAUCUCCAUCUUCUUUGUGGAGUUCCAGGCCCACUUUGGGACCGACUACGCUGCCACCGCCUGGAUCCACAGCCUGGUGGACUGCAGCACCAUGCUCUGCGCUCCUAUCGGCAGCCUGGUGGGGAACCGCUGGUCUUGCCGGGUGGCAGUGAUGUUGGGAGGCUUCCUGUCCUCCUGUGGGCUCCUGCUCAGCUCCUUUGCCACAAACCUGAAGAUGCUUUACUUCAGUGCAGGGAUUCUCACAGGUCUGGGCUUCGCCCUCUGCUACACCCCCGCCAUCACCAUGGUGGGCUGUUACUUCCAGCAGAGGAAGGCGUUGGCAUAUGGCAUCGCCAUGUCAGGCAGUGGGAUCGGCACAUUCGUGCUGGCUCCGGUCGUGCAGAUGCUCAUCGAGCUGUACUCGUGGCGGGGGGCACUGCUUGUCCUCAGCGCCUUUGUUGCAAACCUCUGCGUUUGUGGAGCGUUGCUCCGACCAAUUACACUACAGGCAGAGGAGGAGGAGGAGCCCUGUGGGGAGAAGCAGUGUUGUGAUGACAUGGAAAAACCACCCAAAGAAGGCAUGGAUAUCCUGUCUCUGCCAUCUUCACCUGGAAGCUCCGCCCCCAGGCAGAGGAGGAGGUGGAGCUUCUUGUCCUGUAAGGAGUAUCACUUCCUGUUGCUGCCGGACUUCCUGGGUCUGGCCGUGUCCUUCCUGUUUCUGGCCAGUGGCUGCAGCCUCCCCUUCGUUUACCUGGUGCCCUACGCUCUGAGUGCUGGUGUCAGCCACCAGCACGCUGCCUUCCUUAUGUCCAUCCUGGGAGUCAUCGACAUUGUGGGGAACAUCACCUUUGGCUGGCUGACGGACAGAAGGUGUUUGAAGCCGUACCGUUUGGCCUGUUACAUUUUCUCUGUCGGGAUGGAGGGUCUCUGCUGUCUCUUCAUGCCGUUCCUUCGUUCCUUCCCGCUCCUUGUGCCCUUCGCUGUGCUCUACGGCUAUUUUGACGGCGCCUAUGUGGCCCUGAUCCCCGUGGUGACGUCUGAUGUGGUCGGAACUACGCACCUGUCCUUGGCAUUAGGCGUGGUCUUCUUCCUCCACGCCAUCCCCUAUCUGGUCAGCCCGCCCAUCGGAGGCUGGCUGGUUGACAUCACAGGAAGCUACAUGGCCACUUUCUUCCUCAGCGGCGCCGCUCUGCUGGCCAGCGCGGCCAUUCUCUCUGUUGUCACCGGGAUUCGCCGCUGCCGCCGGCGCUUUGAUUCGGUGCUGAUGCUGCCUUCCUGCUAUCAUCAUGGACCAUGAGGCCCUGCACUUCAAACUGUCUGACCAAUCGUGUUGAUUUUGAUCCUCAGAGAAAAUUACCAAUCAGGUUCCUUGACACCAAAGCCAACCGAAUGGCUUUAACGGGCCGGGACAAAUGUCAAUCACGGCUUCACGGGAAGUGGAAUCUUUUUUUAGAGUCUGCUGAAAACCAAGAGGCAAAAAUUAACUUUUGUUUAUUUUUUAACUUUGAGAAAACAUCCAGCUUCCUUUCUGAUCUGCCUCAUCAUCUGUUCUCGUGUGUCCUCGCCACAGUCACAUGACCAUAGCACACAGCUGACAAACUUAAUGUCUGCUAUGAACUAAGGGGGAAACCUCCAUUGCAGGAGGAAAGUGUACCUAAUAAACUGGACAGUAAAUAACACACAGCUGCCUAAAUCUUAUCAGUCCAUGAUGAUAAGCUCAUUUUUGACACUCAAAUUAAGCUCUCCUGGCUGAACCUGAACGCACCACACUGGUUUCAGCUGUUUUUAGUGAAAACGAUGAUGAUGAUCACAUGCUGUUUACAGAACAGUAGCCACUCUCAGGUACCGACCAGUUUAUUAAUGAGCCAAUAAAAACACAAUUAUAUUUUUAAUGGUGCUGCAUGAAGCUGAGUCCUUCUUACCACAGUGUGUGUGUGUGUGUGUAUGUCUGUUAGGGUAACACAAACAUCUUCAGCUGCUAUAAUUCAGGUACUGAUUAACAGGAGGUCAGGUCUGUGAGCAGGUGGGUUGAACUGUCUGCUGAUUGGUCCAGAGCAUCCUGUUGCUGCUGGAGUUCAGCUGGAAACUGAUGAGAACAAAGAGCCAAAGUUGAUUUUAAACCUGUUACAUGUUUCUUCAAUAAAAUGA